UGUUAUACGUGGUGUGUUAUAGUUACUUACUGAGUUUAUAUCUCAUUAGUAAUUUGUUAUGGUUCCAGGUACUGAAGAUGAAUUGAAUGCUUAUAAGACUUGGUAGCAACUAGUAGUUGGAUCGACGUCCUCUAGAAUAAAAUUCAAGUUUCUUGUUUAAGAUUGUUCUAAAGUUUAGAAUGAAACUUCCGUUACUUUUUUAUUUAUUUGUUAUUAUUUCAAUUUUCAUUUUUCAAGUGAACUAAAGUAUAUUUCGAAGCUUUUCUUUAUUUCAAUUCGACUUAAUGAAAGUACAGUUUUCACCUCCGUAUUUUGAGGCUAAAUGCCCAUCUACUACUCAAUUGCCCCUGCCAUGCCACCUGUUGAUCUGCUCAAAAUUAGUUGAGAUGGGAUUGUCCUUUCUUUGCUGCUUGGUAAUUGAGCUUCGUGGAGGAAGGGUAGCCUGUCCAAGUGGUUCUGAUGGUUUUGGGACGUCGAUUAUGCUCUCCUAACCACACCGGAAAGGCCCAACAAGCCAACCAAAGUUGCUCUUCCGAUUCGGCCGUAAAUGAUGAAAACCAGGCUCCACUUCCGGCAACCAUUUACUACAUUUCCUCUGAGAAUCUCAAAGAUUCCAAGAUUCAGGACUGGAUUCAAAGGAUUGGACUCAAGUGUGCGAUUCUCUUAACAUGCUAGGCGUUUUGCUCUGUUGAUAUGUAUAUGGUGAUUAUAUAUAGAGGCAAAGUGAUGGUGGUACUGGUUUAGUAGCCACUCUCAUUGUUCUUCAAUUUGAGGCCUCCAGCAGCAAUUGCAACAGCUGCAAAAACUCAUCAUGCAAUCCAAGCCACCAUGUUAUAAGUAGCCACUCUCAUUGUUCUUCAGUUUGAAAUCUGUACUUGCUUGCUCGUUAUAUAACCCAGUACCGAUUGAUUGCUGAUAAGUGUUUGUUGUUUGCGAAUUUGGACUCCGGAGCCUGGAAUCUCAUCUGGGUUUUAUCUGUUUUGAUUGUUUGGGGCUUUAAUUUGGGAUUGGGUAUCUGGGCCUUUGCACUUUGGCAGUUUGCAAAUUUGGUUAUUUGGUUUUAUCUUGAUAAUUUCUGCAUGGAGAUUUUCUGUGGAUUACAGAAGGUUGGAACUGGGUUUCUUUGUUUGUAUGCAUUCCUGUAUUGUUCUUUGUUUCCCCUAAACGCAUGCAAUGAAAAUGAAAUCGUAAAUAGGCACUCCAAGGCCCUUGAAAAUAAAGAGAUGCAUAGAAUGAAAUUAACUUCAAACAUUUUAAUGUUAAUCUUUACAGUCAUUUUCAUUGCUAAGAUUCCAGAUUUUGGACUUCGCAUUGCAGAAAGACUGUCCUUAUGGACUAAGCAAGUAAGAGUUAGCUCUGGGAAUGGGAUGCCUCUUGGAGAUGGCCAUAUCUGGAGAAAAUAUGGGCAGAAGGAAAUUCUAGGAGCCAAAUAUCCCAGGUGAUUUAGAUUUUGAAGCAUAGGAUUUAAUCUUAUUGAAGCAGUUUUAUGCCUAUUUGUUGAAAGGAACGACCAGGUGCUGAUUUAGUAUUCAUGACUGGGUGGGAGGAUAUCAGCUGUUUAAGGGAUCAACUUAAAGCCCAUCCUCUUUUAGGUGAUCCCUACCGGGGUUUUGCUUAUAACCUGCCAUGGGUCAAUGGCCACGUCUGAACAGGUACCUCCAUUUUUAGUUCGAAAGGUGUUCACGCAGAUAUUAUCCUUGAUCAAUUUUCAAUAAUUCAACAGGUAUCAUGUCUAUGCUCAUACUUGAGGCUGCCCUUGAUUGGUAUAUUUUUUAAUACAAAUAUAAUUAUUUGUUAUUAUCCCUCAUAUAUUUAUAUUUCUCUGUAGCCUUCUAUUGCGAUGAGAGUGCUGUUCGUUUAGUAAUGGGGAAUAUGUAAAAGCUGGUUUGGCUGAGUUGGAGAAUUGGUGCUAUUGUAUUGCUUGCCUUAUUGUAUUAUAAACUCUUACAGUCUUACUGAAUAAACAAAGAUGCAGUAUGCAGGUUCAGCUUGGGAUGAACUCAAGCAUAUUAGGCAAUCCAUUGGAUUCCUGCUAUCUUCUAAAUCUUAUGUUAUAUCAUUUCUCUCUACUUCAAGUAACAAUGGUGAAAGCAAUAAAUAGUAAAGUUGUCCUGAAAUUUUACAUUUUCUUUUCAGGUUACAUCAAAAACCCAAAAAGACACUUGAUGAAAUAAGCCAUGACCUGUGCUCAGUAAGUAAUGUGUAAGCAAGGAAGAAGUAAAUACAUUGCAUGUUGCUGUGGGCAAAUGCGCAUUUCAGCUUCGGACCUCUGUGUCAAUAUCCAUAUGUAAGCUACUUGGAUCACGGUCUUUCAGCCUAUGAAAUACCUAAUGGCAAAGCUUGGACUAUGCAAUUGUUGGCUGUGGCAUGUUUGGCCCUUGCGGCCAAAAUAAAGGAGAUUAAUGCCCCACUCUACCUUGAUUUACAGGUGGCUGGGUUAAAAAAUUUAUUCAAGGCCAUUGAGAAGGAGAUGUGCAAGUUUCUAGAUCUUCUGUUCAACGAUUCAUUUUUGGUUGAACAGAAAUAUGUUAUCACAACUGAGGGUCAUCCCCUUCCAGUGUUAAGUAGUUGGCAGGACAGGCUUCUAGCAUCCAAACUAACUGGACUUCAAUCAAGGUCUUGCUUCUACCAAAAUGUAUUCUUAAUUAUUCUUUACUUUUACAAUAUGGCCUUACCUCUUCAAGUUAUAUUGUAAAAUGAUACCAGCUUUUAUAAUA